UUUGCAAUUCCGGAAGCUAUACGUGUCAAAUUAUCAUUGGAUGUUACUUGGAAAUUACGUCAACUUUCACGCUGGAAAAAGGCUGUGCAGAAUGCAAGAUCUCCUGGAAGAAUCGUGUUCUUCUUCUCAGGGAAGUCAAGGGAGAAUCGGGGUCGGGAAACGGGAAUCCGUGUUGGUUUUAUUAGAAAAAAGUAAAACAAAGGGGGAAAGCGAGAGAGAGAGAGAGAGAGUAAAAAUGGAGCAGCGAAGGAGCAACAAAUACAGCAUCAUCGUUCCUACAUACAACGAGCGUCUCAACAUUGCCCUCCUCGUCUAUCUCAUCUUCAAGCAUCUCAGGGAUGAGGAUUUUGAAAUAAUUGUUGUGGAUGAUGGAAGUCCUGAUGGGACUCAAGAAGUUGUAAGACAGUUACAGGAAGUAUAUGGAGAAGAUCGCAUUCUAUUAAGAGCUAGACCAAAGAAGCUUGGCUUAGGAACUGCAUAUUCUCAUGGACUGAAGCAUGCAUCUGGGGAAUUUGUUGUAAUCAUGGAUGCUGAUCUAUCCCACCAUCCAAAGUACUUGCCAAGCUUCAUCAGGAAGCAAAAAGAGACUGGUGCAAGUAUAGUUACUGGGACUCGAUAUGUUGGAGGUGGUGGUGUGCAUGGGUGGACCCUUAUGCGCAAAUUGACAAGUAGAGGAGCCAAUGUACUUGCCCAAACACUUCUAUGGCCUGGCGUGUCAGAUUUGACUGGAUCUUUCCGGCUUUAUCGAAGAUCUGUCCUUGAGGAUGUCAUUAACUCCUGUGUUAGCAAGGGAUAUGUCUUUCAGAUGGAAAUGAUUGUCCGUGCUUCCAGAAAAGGGUACCAUAUUGAAGAGGUACCCAUUACUUUUGUUGAUAGAGUUUAUGGGAGUUCAAAGCUGGGAGGAUCUGAAAUAGUUGAAUAUCUGAAGGGCCUUGCAUAUCUACUGGUUACAACAUAAAAAACUGAAGCGGAUAUUAUUUUACUUAUCCCUUUUUUUGUUCUUUACCAAAGUAAACAAUGGGAGUCUCCCUAACCAAUUUUUGAAACAUUCUCCUCUACCAGGUUUCUUACUGCUUUUUGCCUAAUGUUUUCAUUUCUGGAUUCAGUUUUAUGUAUUGCCUCCUCAUUUAGGUAGCCAAUGUGUACAAUUUAAUUGCAUAAUUCUGCGCUUGAACAAA